GCGGGUCGCAAAAGAGCGCGGACACCCUCACAGGAAAAUAAACGCAGUGGCGACUUCUAACCUGGUGAUUAUCGCGGGCCGUGAGGGGACACUUCCUCGGACCAUUAAUUACCUCAUGCUUGGACUUACUAAGGCCAUUCUAUUCACUGUCGUCGUCAAGGAAGAUGGCAUGUCGUGUGAGGCCCCUCGCCGUGUUUCUCUUGGCUCUCUGCGUCACUUUUCCCGCUGGAUCUGUUGGGAAGAAGAGCACACAGUCAAUCCUGCUUGAAAAGCUUCUCUCAGAGUACGGGCCGAGUACUAUACGGCCCGUCUAUAACAUUUCCCGCAAAACGACAGUCAUUCAUCGCUUACUCAUCACUCAAGUCAUCGAACUGAAUGAGAAACACCAGACGAUACAAAUCAGCGGCUGGCUCCGUCAGACUUGGGAAGAUGAAUUUCUAAAGUGGGACCCAGCUGACUAUGAAGAAGUGGACGAGCUUUACGUACACCAGUCCAAAGUCUGGCUACCAGACACGACGCUGUAUAAAAAUGUGGACAAAGAUUUCGAAAGCUACAAGGACAUCUCGGUCCAAGUCUUCAGUAGCGGAGAGGUCCGCUGGGCCACCCCGGUCAUCCUCAAGUGCACCUGCCUGAUCGACGCCCGCCUCUUCCCCUUCGACACGCAGGUCUGCGAACUCAAGUUCUCCUCCUGGGCCUUCGACGGUUCCGAGGUGGACCUGGUCAAAGAGGAAGGGCUGGAGGCAGGCCAGGUCCACUUCGCCGACAAUGGCGUGUGGCAACUGCUACGAGUGGAGGUGGUCAGGCAGGAACAGUGGUACGCCUGCUGUCCGGCGCCUUACCCAGAGGUUUCCUACUACCUGCACCUGAGGCGCCGGCCGCUGUUCCACGUCCUCAAUAUCCUGGUGCCGUGCGUACUACUGUCAGUCUUAAACCUGAUGGUGUUCUCGCUGCCUCCGGAGUCCGGGGAGAAGAUUCAGCUGGGCAUGACCAAUCUGUUGGCGCUGGUCUUGUUCCAGCAGCUGAUCAGCGAAUCCUUGCCUCCCACCUCGGACAAAUCACCAGUUAUUGGUUUUUACUUUACACCAAUGAUCGCCAUUGGCUGCAGCUCUAUCGUAUGCACAGUGCUCGUGCUUAGCUUGUUCUACCACGAUAACUCCCGUCCCGUGCCUCGCUGGUUGCGCUACGUCGCUCUGAAGAUGGCCACCGUGGUCUUCUACAGGGUCAAAGUUCAACCUCCACCACUGGAUGACCGCGGCGGCACCAGCAACCCAAGCUACAGCCUAGAGGGAGAGGUCACGGGCCAGCGUUUCCAGGACUCGGAUUCAGGGGUGCUGACGGCGACCUGCAGCUUCACCGAUUCGUCCCGGUCCGUCAACUCCGAGGAGGCAUUCGGAGCAGGCGCGGCUGAUGACGGCGCCAGCUUGGAUGCUGGCCAGCGCAAGGCGAACAUGCGCUGCCGGGCGACCGCCUACAGCAUGCACUUCACGCAAAAGGUGUACUCGGCCAACGGGGGCGAAGCCGCACCCGCGAAUGAGGCAAAGGAAACAGCAGACACCCCUCAGGCAAAAGCAGAGAUAGCAUGCUCUGGCGGGAACCAGACUGUAGACUGGAAGGAUGUGGCUUUGAUUAUCGACCGCGGAACCAUGAUAUUGUCCUUGAUUGUCACUUUCGCCGCGAUGUUGAUAACUGUCCUCUUCUUUCUUCUUCCUAAUAGUCACUUGGAAUAACUACUGCAUGGUCCUUAAAAUAAACCGCAGUCGGUAUCGAUCUGUGACUGUACUGGAGAAGUUACGAAGAGACAGACAGAUCAGUCAAAACUAUGCCGGUGUAUCAUAAAACUUUACCUUGGAACAAAUCCGGACUUUUUUUCCCGAUGUUAUCACACUUCUACGUAAUUUAACUGUGCCUUUCCCGACCAACAUUUUCAGUGCUUGUUGUGGUCCGUAUUUGUGAGUACUUGAGGUCCAAAAUGCACGAGUGAAACGCAGUAAACGGCUGUAGGGAAUGGACCCAAAAAUGUACAAAUGCAUAGCCGCCUGUACACUCACUGAGACAGGAUUGCAUGUGAUACUACUUGACGUUGUAUUGUGUUAGGUGCCAGCUGUUCAGGUAACAAUUCUAAAGUGAUGACAGGCUAAAUGUUCCUGGAGCAAACGCGCUUAGUUUAAUUAUUUACACGUAUUCCAUAUUUUAUAGCACGGAGUAGAAUAGAAAUAACGAGUUCUUAACGAUCCGACACGUACUGAAUUAUAUUUAAAAUAUAUAUCUAUAAGAAUCGAAAUCUAUACUUAGUUUAAUCUUUGUUAGUGCAUGCUUGCUGACAAGUAGAACUGCCUUAUUAUACAUACUUUAGAUUCAGCCCAGUUCCCCCUCAGGUUAUCAUUGAUUUUAAUGAGGAAAUAAGACCACUCUGCGCUCCCCCAGUGUGAAUAAUUGAUAAAUUUAUAUUCGUUCAUGGACUGUAGACAUCAAAUAUUCAAAAGAUGUAAAUAUCAUAAUUACAUUUAUCUAGUUUGACAUUAGUGUGGGUACGUUUAACAACGUAUUAUUUAUAAAAGCGUAUAGGAAACUCCUUACAGGCUUGCAUUAGGCUUAUCUGAAUUUUUGCGUGAACAAACAAUGUGCGUGCAAACAAUUUUCAAGAGUGAAGCUUUUAGUUCAACCAAGCAUGUACAUCAGAGCAACCUUUUUAAUUUCUAUGGUUCCCAUUUCCGACUGACCCCAUUUUUGGCUCCCGACCUCGAACAAAAAAGUCUUUUUUUUCUACCGACCCUGCUAUAAGAAGACAUUGCCUGUAAAGAAAAAGUAGGGUGUUGUCACCUGUACGAACAUAGCCCUGAGAACGUUUAUGUGUGAUACGGUUUUACCCCAACAUGCGACAGUCGCAAUCCACGUUACGGCAUUAACACCGAACUGACCAGUACCGUAUGUACCUACCGCACUCAGUGCAUCAUAUACAAGCAUGUAUGGAGCGUCAAAGGAAAAACAAAAUAUACAUGCACAUGUACACACUCCUUCCGCGAACACCAUGCAGUGUCUCGACACUAAUUUAAGCGAGGUAUUGUGCUGUGUACCAAUAAAAACAUUUUCUGUACUCAGCUAGAAGCCAAAGACCAUCAUGGUUCUCAGUGUAAAAACAAGUGACAAGUAUACAUAGUGCAUGUUGCCUGGUUUAUUCAGUCAUCUACGUAUGUAUGGCAGCAACAUGGAUUUUUAUGUGGUGAAAUGGGUUAUAGUAUAUAAUUAUGACAUGUUUCCUUUAAAAGCAGUCGGCUCAAACUGCCCCUUUAACGUAAGUUGUUUACAACGUACAAAUCACAACGGGCGUGGUAGUUGUCCUCCAUUAAACAAAAUCUAGGUAACGCGUA